CUUUCGCGAACAGAGGAUUAAACUUUUGCAACCAUUCUAAAACUCAAGCAUUUGUUCAUACAGACUGAAUUUGCACAACGUGAAAAAAUGACUUCGAAAAUACAAAACAGCGCAUCUAAACCACAUAAAACUCCAGAAGUUGAUAAAGAGAAAAGGAAACUAUUUGUUAUGCCUACUGAGGGUGGUGAAGAAGAUGAAACAUGCCAGACAUUUGUACUAAAUAAUGAAGACCACACACUUGGUAACUCGUUGAGAUAUGUCAUCAUGAAAAACCCAGACACACAAUUUUGUGGUUACAGUAUCCCGCAUCCAUCAGAGGAAAAAAUUAAUUUUCGUGUACAAACAUAUGGUAAGCCAGCUACUGAUGUUCUAAGGAAAGGAUUGAAAGAUCUGAACACUGUAUGUGAACAUGUUCUCCGAACAUUUGAGACAAGUGUAAAUGAACAUAAGAGGAGAAACCAGUCAGACAUAGAAGCAAUGGACCAGUCUGCUGGAUGAUCUCAUCACUUACCAGUCUAAGAAAUGGACCAGUCUGCUGUAUGACCAUAAUCUUAAAUUAUGGAACAAGUCAAGCUAUAACUUUUCUAAGAUAUGUGAUAAAUGAAAAGUUGAAAGUGGUGUUAGUGCAUUAUAUUUUUUGAACUUCAUUUAGUUACAGUGGAAACUGAAACAUCGUAUGUUUUCCAUGUUGAUAUUAGAAAUUUCAUAUUGAGUGUGUGGCAUCUUCUGUGGCAUCAUAUUUUGCACAGCUAUUCAAAGAAUAGGUAGAGCUAUUGGACUCGCCCAUGUGUCGGCAUCCGCUUUCUGAUUUAGUAAAGUUUUUAUAAUGUAAGCUGGUAUCUCAGUAACAACUUGUGGGAAUGGAUUAAAACUUCACACACUUGUUCACUGUGAUGAUCUGACGUGCAGUGCACAGGUUCCAUAACUCUGCUUUGCAAUUUUACAAAAUUAUGCCCUUUUUUGACAUAGCAUUUUUAUGCCCCCGAAGGGAGGCAUAUUAGUUUUCAACUGUCCGUCCGUCCGUUUGUUCGUUCGUUAGUUAGUUAGUUCGUUUGUACACCACCCCUACUGACUUAUGGGUCACCACGUCAAAGGUCAAGGUCACAGGGGUCAAAGUUAUCUUUCUGCAUGAAGGCACUUUACUCGUGAACCACUACACCCAGGAUCUUCAACUUCACAUGCUGAUAGUACUUAUUAAGUACACCACCCCUACUGACUUUGGGGUCACCAGGUCAAAGGUCAAGGUCACAGGGGCCAACAUUAACUUUUUGCAUGAAGGCACUUCACAUGCGAACCACUUCACCCAGGACCUUCAAACUUUACAUGCUGAUAGUACUUAUUGAGUACACCACCCCUACUGACUUUGGGGUCACCAGGUCAAAGGUCAAGGUCACAGGGGCCAACGUUUACUUUCUGCAUGAAGGCACUUUACUCGCGAACCACUACACCCAGGACCUUCAAACUUCACGUGCUGAUAGCACUUAUUAAGUACACCACCCCUACUGACUUUGGGAUCACCAGGUCAAAGUUCAAGGUCACAGGGGCCAACGUUAUCUUUCUGCAUGAAGGCACUUUACUCGCGAACCACUACACCCAGGACCUUCUAACUUCACAUGCUGAUAGUACUUAUUAAGUACACCACCCCUACUGACUUUGGGGUCACCAGGUCAAAGGUCAAGGUCACAGGGGCCAACAUUAACUUUUUGCAUGAAGGCACUUCACAUGCGAACCACUUCACCCAGGACCUUCAAACCUCACAUGCUGGUAGUACUUAUUGAGUACACCGCCGCUACUGACUUUGGGGUCACCAGGUCAGAGGUCAAUAUGCUGCGGGGCAUUUGCCACCAUUAGUGACAGCUCUUGUUUUUGGUUAAGUUUUUUAUUGUAAGCUGGUAUGUCAGUACCCACGUAUGGGAAUGGAUUGAAACUUCACAUAAUUGUCAAUUGUCAUGAGCUGAUAUGCAUUUUACAGGUUCCAUAACCCUGUUUUGCAAUUUUACAAAAUUAUGGACUUUAAUAUUCAUUCAGUUGACAAGGCUGUUGAAUAGUCGAGCAUUGCUGUCCUCAGACAGCUCUUAUUAUCUUUGUUACUGCAUUAAAAUGUUCAUUAAUUUAUGUGCCAAAGAAGAAAUUUAUAUCAUUCAUAAUAAAGUGUAAAAUGAUUA